ACAUUGGCGGGCAGAACAGCUGGGCGGUCGCGGGUGCGAUUGAAUUGCGAUGCGGGAGGGCGCAGACAGAGCCGCCUCCAUGUCCGCUCAGCCAGCGGUUCCCCGGGCCGUGGCUGCCGCGGCAGCCACCGCCGAAGCCAAGCUCACCCACCCGGGCAAGGCGAUCCUGGCCGGUGGCAUUGCUGGAGGUAUUGAAAUCUGUAUCACGUUUCCCACAGAAUAUGUGAAAACACAGUUACAAUUGGAUGAAAGAGCAAAUCCCCCUCGGUAUAGAAGCAUUGGUCACUGUGUGAGGCUGACCAUUCAGGAGCAUGGUGUGAAGGGUCUGUACAGGGGCCUAAGUUCUUUGUUAUAUGGCUCUAUUCCAAAAUCUGCUGUCAGAUUUGGCAUGUUUGAGUUCCUCAGCAAUAUUGCAAAGGAUUCAAGUGGGAAACUAGACAACAAAAGGAGUUUGCUUUGUGGCCUUGGAGCUGGUGUUGCAGAAGCUGUCCUAGUAGUCUGUCCAAUGGAAACUAUAAAGGUGAAGUUCAUUCAUGAUCAGUCCUCUUUAAAUCCAAAGUACAAAGGGUUUUUCCAAGGUGUCCGUGAGAUUGUUCGGGAACAAGGUUUACGUGGAACAUAUCAGGGGCUGACAGCUACAGUCCUCAAACAAGGCUCAAACCAGGCUAUCCGUUUCUUUGUGAUGACUUCCCUUCGAAAUUGGUAUCUAGGUGAUAAUCCCCACAGAAAGAUGAAUCCGCUUAUUACAGCUGCAUUUGGUGCUGCUGCAGGUGCAGCCAGUGUCUUUGGCAAUACUCCAUUAGAUGUCAUCAAAACCAGAAUGCAGGGCCUGGAAGCCCAUAAAUAUAAAAAUACACUAGAUUGUGCCUAUCAGAUCCUCAAAAAGGAGGGCUUAUUAGCAUUUUACAAAGGAACAGUUCCCCGUCUUGGCCGAGUCUGUUUGGAUGUAGCAAUUGUGUUUGUUAUUUAUGAAGAAGUGGUCAAUGUUCUCAACAAGCUGGAUGGUGCAGAAGGAAACCAUCUCAGAAAUUCAGUAAAAUUAUGUGGAUGGGGAAGUAAUUAUGCUUGGACAUCAUCUUCUCAGUCAGCAUCACCGCCAGUGUUCUCCUUAGAAACGCCACAUAACUACUGGAUGGAACAGAGGGAGGAAGCACCUAUCCAGCUAUUGAAGGCCAUCUGUGCCUUCAUUAGCCUGGAUUUGGUCUUGACAGUACUGACUAUGCCAAAGCUUUGUUCCUGCUGUUUACUCUUGGGAAGAAAGAGAGGAAACAUCAUCUGAAGUUCCCACUGGCCUGCAAUAGAAGAAACAGCUGCAGGAGUCUGGAGGGAUGUAUCUGCAGACCUUUGCAGCUGGGAAACACAAUUAACUCAGCUCGGCCUUUAAUAGCAAGUGAACCUGUGCUCCAUGUGACACUGGGAGAGUUCUGUGGUCUAUAAUCACCAGACAGCAUCUCUUGGUAGACUUUCUUUUCUUGCUACCAUCUAUGGAACAAAAUAGUACUGAAUAUUUUUCAAGUCCUAGUUAAGAGACUUAGAAUAUGUCUGCACAGAGAUAAAAGACCGUGGCAUGGCUGCAGCUGACCUGGGUCAGUUGACUUGGCCUCCGGCUCCAGGGCUACAAAUUGCUGCAUAGACCAUAGGGACUUUCCAUCUCUGCAGGGUCCUUCAGCUUGAGCUCCAGCCCAAGCCUGAACAUCUAGACAGCAGUUUUACAGAGUCUGAGCCCCAUGAGCUCAAGUCAGCUGACCCGGACCAGCCGAAGGUUUUUUAUCCCUGUGUAGAGGUACCCCAAUAUAGACCAACCUAAAGGCUAUUUGUGCCAAUGUAGCUACACUAGUGCCACUACUAGUGUAAAUGUACUGCACUGAUAAAUACUGGGGCCUUGUCUACACUGUGUAUUAGUCUGCAUCUGUGGGGUGUAAAUUCUAGUGCACACUAACAUGUUACACAGUAACUGGCCUGUGUGGAGCCAGCUGGUGUGCAUUAGAAGUUCCCUAGUGUGUGUUAACAUAGUACUGUUUGAAACAGGACUCAGCACUCACUAAGGAACAUUUAGUGUAGGUUCGCUUUCAGUGUAGGGUGCAUGUGGGCCAGUUAGCAUACAACAUACUGGUGUACACUACAAUUCACGCCCCACUGAUGCGCACUAACGCAUUGUGUAGACAAGCCAUGCUGCAGCUUACUCCAGUUUCAAACCACACUAAGUUGCACUGGUGCAGCACAUCUACACUGAGAUUUGUGCCUGUCUAACUACACUGGUACAAAUCACUCCCCAGCAGAGAUGGGGCCCUUAGACAAAUGUGUGCGUUAGCCUAGGGCUCUGUUGUUGACAUUUUAAUUGCUUUAAUUUACAAUGAUAAGAGUGUACAGACAUAACUUUCCUCCCUCCUAACAGUAUUUCACAAAGCAAAAUAAGUGUUGCUCUACAUAACAAUGGUAUUCCACUAAAACAAAAACAAAACGUGAGGGUCUGAGCAUUUGUUCUUUAGUCAUCCAAAAGUCAGGAGAAAUUGAGUUCAAGAAAACUCCAUUGCAGAAACGCAAGUACACAGAAUCAUGCUAUGUAUAUGUCAGCGGCAUACUGGUUCUAUCCAUGCUGUAAGCAUGCAUAGCAGGACCGGUAAAAGAGCUUUGGUACUGCAUUCCACUUUACUCGCUAUCUCCUGUGUUAACACCACAACUAGUGUCUGCUCAAAGACCACUCACAUGCAGCCUCUUGACUGAUGCAUGUUUUACAUUUGUUUUGCCACUUAAUAUUGUGUUUAUUUCACAGAUCAACAUCCUUUUACAGCUAUAGAAAAAUAGACAUCGGCUGUGUCUUGCACAUACUUUGCCAUGACAGGCUCGCUGAGAGGUGGGUGGGAGGGGGAUAAAUCUCUCAUUGCAAGUGUCCUUGCAGUAGCCACUCUUGUUCCCUUGCAGGGGAUGCCAAAAGGCAGUUGUCCUACCUGCCGAGUUAGAGUACUGUAAAUGUGAGUUUGACUGAUUAGGCACCAUGGUAUCACAACUCUUGGGACUGUUGUUUUGGUUCCUGGUUCCAUAUCCUAAACUUUUCAACUCAAAGGCAAAGAAUCCUUGACCACCUAAGUUAAAGUUGGAGGGGCAGAUCCGGAGCUGCUGUAAAUCAGUAUAACACCAUUAAAGUCAACGGAACUAUGCCAAUUUACAGGAUCUGGCUGCGAAUAAUUUUUAAAGCAACCCAAUUUUCUAACAAUGGAAUAACAACUUCUUUUAAAUUCAGUUUGCUUGUAUUUUCCACUGCAUGUAAGUCACCUUGUACAACCCACCCUCCAGCUGUCUCAAGGAAAGUGCACGUAUUCUGUCCUCUGCUACACUGAAAUCCAAUAGACUGUCAAUGGUUGAGAGUCAUAUGGUCUGAUCUGGUUACUUUGUCAUAGUUACUAGUAAUCCAUCUUAAGACCAUGUCUGUCUUAUUCCAAAUCUCAAUUAAUAAAAUUUAUAAGGUUUUAGAGCUUUCUAGAUGGGUAUUUACAUGGAUUUAGAAAAGCACCUGUCGGGAACAUGCAGUAAUAACUGUCAGCAGAAGUUGUAAAAGCUAUUUUAACUUAUUUCCCUCAAAGGACUAGAGGGAAAAACAUCUAAUUAGACAACAGCCCGGGUUGACUUAAGCUACUGAAUGGAACCCGAAUGUAAGUUCUAUGGUGUGCAAUAGAAAGAUCAAGUUACGUCUCCAGAAAGUGUUAAAGUGAAAACCAUGAAUUUCCAGACCUAAAUCAAGUGCAUCAGAACUUCUGGUUAGUGCACGUAUCCACACUCUGAAGACCCAGUCCUGCCUCCCAUGGAUGUCAGUAGCAAGACUGCCAUAGAUUGCUAUGGAAGCAGGACCCAGCUAUUAGAAGCUGCAGUGGUAAGUGCUUCGUAGAUAACCGUCAUGGAGGGAGAUGCUCCUAAGAGCUGAAGGGGAGAUUUUCAAAUGGUCCUGAUGCUCCUAAAUCCCUUGUGUAUAUAAUAGCUAUAACUCUGGGAUUAAUCUGGUUGAUAGAGAGAACUGGAGCAGGCAGGCAAGAAUCUGAGUGCAUAAAUCCAAAGACACAGAGCUCUGGAGUUUCUUUGCAACAACUUAUUGAUUACCAGUCAUCUGCUAAAAAUGCCUCUCGAUUCCUGAGCCUCCUGCUUUAUGUGAUGUCUUGUAAAGUCUUACUCCCCUUUUUUGGCAUUAUAAGUGGGAGCUUGUGAUGCAAAGUAUGAGAGAGACUUUA